AUGGCCACUGUGGCACAACGUCGUCCUCAGAGCCCACACAGCCUUUACCCUGGUCAGGGUGUAUGUAAAUCUACCUGCCAAACCAUACUGACCUUGGCAUCACGAUGGGUCAGAAGCUUUGUGAUGUCACCGCCCCGCCCUCUGUCCCGGAAGUUAACACACAUAGCUGCUGUUUUUGCUUCUGCUGCUCCUGCUACUACAAAUUCAGUGACCUUUAAUGAUGUCCAUGUGAAAUUCAGCCAAGAAGAGUGGGCCUUGCUGGAACCUUCCCAGAAGCAACUCUACAAAGUUGUGAUGCUAGAGACCUGUGAAAACCUCACUGCUAUAGGCUACAAUUGGGAUGACCAUAAUAUUGAAGAACAUUUUCAAAGUUCUACAAGUAAUAAAAGGCAUGCAUGCAGUCGUACUGGAGAGAAACCUUCUAAAUGCACUGUAUGUGGUAAAGUCUUCUCCUAUACCAGUGAUCUCAUAAGGCAUAAAAGAGCACACACUGGAGAGAAGCCUUUCAAAUGUAAUCAAUGUGGUAAAGUGUUUGCACAAAAGAGUCAUCUCAUAAGCCAUAGAAGAACACAUACUGGAGAGAAACCUUAUGAAUGUAACCAGUGUGGUAAAGCCUUUGCAGAAAACAGUACUCUCUUAAGCCAUAAAAGAACACACACUGGAGAGAAACCUUAUAAAUGUAACCAGUGUGGUAAAGCCUUUGCAGAAAACAGUACUCUCUUAAGCCAUAAAAGAACACACACUGGAGAGAAACCUUAUGAAUGUAACCAGUGUGGUAAAGCCUUUGCAAAAAGCAGUCAUCUCAUAAGACAUAAAAGAACACACACUGGAGAGAAACCUUAUGAAUGUGACAAGUGUGGUAAAGCCUUUGCACAAAAAAGUCAUCUCAUAAGCCAUAAAAGAACACAUACUGGAGAGAAACCUUAUGAAUGUAACCAGUGUGGUAAAGCCUUUGCAGAAAACAGUACUCUCUUAAGACAUAAAAAAACACACACUGGAGAGAAACCUUAUGAAUGUAACCAGUGUGGUAAAGCCUUUGCAGAAAACAGUACUUUCUUAAGACAUAAAAGAACACACACUGGAGAG